AUGAGAGCAGUGGUAUGUCCUCGUGCGCCCAUCGCGCCCUCCGAGCUCGUCUACACGACCGACCAUCCAGAGCCGGCAUCGAAGGAAGGCCAUGUCCUGAUCCGCGUUAAGGCGUACGGCCUGAACCGUUCGGAGCUCUUCACGAGGCAGGGCCACUCACCUGGGAUCCAGUUCCCGAGAGUGUUGGGUAUCGAGUGCGUCGGUAUUGUGAAGAAUGCGGGGGGCGGCUCGAAGUGGAAGGAGGGUGAUGUCGUCGCUGCGUGUAUGGGUGGCAUGGGCCGUCAGUUCGAUGGUGGCUACGCGGAGUAUGCCUUGAUCCCACAUACGUCCGUAUCUCCCCCGAUCAAGCUGCCGGAGCAGAUGGGCUGGGCCGAGUUCGCAGCCAUCCCAGAGACGUACCUCACAGCCUGGGGCACGCUCAGCGAGUCGCUCAAGCUGCAGAGCACGGACACGCUGCUGAUCCGCGGCGGCACGACGAGCGUCGGGCUCGCCUGCGCGGCGCUCGCGAAGUCGUCGCUCUUUGCACCGGACAUCAAGCCGACCGUGGUCGCGACGACGCGGAGCGCCGCCAAGAAGGCCGCGAUGACAGCCGCGGGCGUGGACGUCGUCCUGGUCGACAGGGACAACUCGAUAUGCGCGCAGGUGAAGGCGGCGACGGCGGGCAGGGGCGCGCAGAAGUGCGUCGAGCUCGUGGGCGGGACGACCCUCUCGGACUCGUGCAAGAGCCUUGCAGACGAUGGCGUCGUCUCGAUGAUCGGGUGCGUCUCGGGCGAGUGGACGGUGAAGGAGUUCGACCCGAUGACGGCGCUGUCACCGUGGAAGCGCCUCACUGUGUGCUCGUCACACCACCUUGAUAUCUCGAAAGCACCGCUGCAGUGGAUCGUCGACGCGAUCGCCUUUGGCGAGCUGAAUUCGAGCGUGGACAAGGUGUUCAAGAUGGAGGAGACGGCGAAGGCGCAUGAGUACAUGGAGGCGAACAAGGCCGCCGGGAAGGUUGUCUGUCUCGUCGACUCUGAGUAG